GGGGAACGGCAUGCUGAAGGCGGGGCUUCAGGAGCCAAACAGGAAGCAAAGCUGACGAGGGAAAGUGUGAAGUCUUGGCUUUAAAAUGCAGACUAUUCAGGAGUUUUUAUGUGAUGUCGCGUCGACAUGUUAAUCAGGCUAAGGAUGUUUUCUCUAAGCUCUCACAUAUGGCUGCUUUUAUUUAUGGUUUACUUUCUGGACCUGUGUAUAUUUGCAAAAGGGAAAUUAAAUGUGCUGUACAUUAUAGCUGAUGAUCUGAGACCCACUCUGGGUUGCUACUCUGAUCCAGUGGUAAAAUCACCCAACAUUGACCAACUUGCCUCUAAAAGCAUCACAUUCGACAAUGCUUUUGCACAGAGUCUGGUGCGGUUGACGAUCCCCCUUUCCUGAUGGUGCCAGAUGAUGGCACCAUAUACGCUGUCAAAGAAAUCCUGCUCUCCCAGCGCUGUGGUGGUCGUUUGGAGUAUCUUGUGGACUGGGAGGGCUAUGGGCCGAAGGAAAGAUCAUGGCUUCCCCGAGAGGACAUUCUGGACCCCAAACUACUCUGAGUUCCACACAGCUCACCCCGAGUGUCCGGCACAACGCGGCAGAGGCCCCCCACCAUGGCAUGGGGUCUUUGGCCCUCAGGAGCAGGCCGUGGAGAGGGGGGUUCUGUCAUGGGUAUACCAGACUCCCUCACCAACCAACGUGCCCAAACACCCGAAUACUAAUCUAGCACACUUGCACCUAGUUGUGUUGUCACUUCCACUCGUCUAUUUAAGUGCACUCUUUCCACUCAGUCACUGUCUGGUCUCAUACACAACUCACGUCGAAGACUCCAUGACUCGCUAUGCUACGCUACUCUACGCUACACCAGCUGAUAUUCUUAGUACCGGUAUCUACUUCUUCUGUCUCUCUACCCAUUUUACGAACAUAUAACAUGCCCGUUUUGGGUUUUGAAAUAAGUCUGUGUCCAGUCUGGUUAACAUUACAAAAUGUCAGUUAAAUGUACUCAGCUUAGCUGUGAAUCACUUAUGUGCUAUGAUCUAAAUCCUACUGAACAUCUAUGGAAAGAGAUGAAACAUGCAGUCUGAAGAAGGCACCCUUCAAACCUGAGACAUCUGGAGCAAUUUGCUCAUGAGGAGUGGGCCAAAAUACCUGUCAACAGGUGCAGAAGUCUCAUUUAGAGUAAACGAUAGCAUGGAUAUAUUAGCAGCAUGCACGCUAGUGCCCACGCAAAGUAUUGUUCUACCUAGUUGUACCAAGCCUUGUAUUCUUGAUGUUGUGUAUGACCUUGCUUUGUUUUGAUCAUUGUGUUUUCACUUUUCAGAUUUGUUUGCUAGUUUGAUUGUUUGGCUGAUUUCUGAUUUGUUUCCACCUGUUUGCCAUUUAUGAUUUCUGAAUGUGGUUUGCCUCUAUUAAAUCUGCAUAUGGAUCUAUUACCCUAUGCCUCAGGAGUUUUGUUACAGAAUGCCACAAAAGGUCGUGCAACAAAAUAUUAAGAUAAAGGUACCAUCAUCUUUGUCCAGGCCAGUUUCGUUAGUUUGUUUCCUUCUGCUGCUUCUGUUGAACCACAAUUCAAAAGCUGUCUGAUGUC